AUGGCUUUGGAUGGAAUAAAUAGAACUUUAGUGACAGAAUUUAUUUUGUUGGGGUUUCCUUUCAUUUCAGAUGUGGCUUUUGUCUUUGUCUUUCUGGUGCUUCUGUCCUACCUCUUCACCAUGGUUGGUAACCUCCUUAUACUUGCCUUGGUCUCCUCUGAUCACAGGCUGCAGAGCCCAAUGUAUUUCUUCCUUGGUAAUUUGUCCUUUUUGGAUGUUUGCUUUAUAAAUACUACAGUUCCAAAAAUGCUUAGUGGUUUCUUACCUGGUGGGAAAACAAUCUCACUGAAUGGUUGCCUUGCACAAUCCUUUAGCUUCUUUUUAUUUGGAGUUGCCAACUUCCUUCUCCUUUCAGUGAUGUCUUUUGACCGCUAUGUGGCUAUCUGCCAUCCCUUGCAUUACUCUGUGAUCAUGCACCAAAGGCUAUGUAUACAGCUAAUGGUUGGUGUAUGGCUGGUGUCAUUUAUUUGCAUCCUUACUCCAUCUGUAAGAAUCAUAAGUUUGAAAUUUUGUUCUAGACUGGUCAACCACUUUUUCUGUGAUGUGUUUCCAAUGUUUAUUAACUCUUGCACUGAUACUACCUCAAUCCAGUUGCUGGAAAUCCUCAUCUCAUCAUCAGUUCUUCUCAGUUCCCUUCUAGUCACCUUGAUAUCAUAUAUUUAUAUUGUAAAUUCCAUAUUAAAGAUACCAUCAACAGAUGGAAGGAAGAAAGCAUUGUCCACUUGCUCUUCCCAUGCACUGGUUGUAACACUGGCAUAUGGCAGCUGUAUUUUCACUUAUGCAAAGCCAGCCAAGGGCCGUGCCACUGACUAUGACAAGAAGGUUGCACUCCUGAUCACUGUGGUUGUUCCUCUUCUUAAUCCUUAUAUAUACACCCUAAGAAACCAGAAGGUAAGAGAAAUCCUCAGAACUAAACUGUUCAUGAAGAAGUAA